CCCGCGGGGAGCCACUAGUCUCCUUUGCGCUUAGCCGCAAAAUCUUCGGCGGCCGCCCCUCACCGCCCGGGCAUCUCCCCAUCUCGACUUUGGCUUCUCUCGCAACCUCAUAUCGCUGCCAAGUUUCCAUCCAUCCAGUCUUUCCAUCCUUCACCCCUUCCAUUCUGGUUCUGUCGGCCUCUUCUCCCGCUUAAACAGGAAAAGGAUCAAAGGGAAUCUUCCCCAACAAAACAAAUACAUUCAAACACUGUCUCAUGCUUUCUUGAGACGGUAGUCAAGGGCAAGGGCCGUGGCAUUCUCAGCCGGUUGGACUUUCUCAAUACAUUCCUCCCAAAUAACGCUUCGUCGGAAACGUUUUUGCUAACCGGGACUUACUUCUUUUGUCUCUGAAGCUGCUCGAAGGAGCCAGCCCACAUCUUUUAGUACAUCUCCAGGGUCCCUGAGUGAGCCUGGUAAUAUCACCAUGGCGUCCCGCAGGUCGAGGUCUCCAUCGACCCCUUCAGAGGGUGAGAUCAUCGAAUCAGGUUCAGAGACGAAGGCAACUACGUCGAAACUUCCUCUUAAUGGCAGCAUCGUUGACCGUCCCACCAGAGCUAGUCCUGCACCCGCGACGCGGAGCAGAUCGCCACGCCACCGGAGAUCGAGGACCAGGACCAGGUCGACCUCGCGUACGCGGUCCCGCUCUCCCUACCGCGAUUACAGAGGCUACAAGCGCCGCCGGGACGAUGAUUAUGAUGAUUAUGACCAUGUUGACGACCGGCGAUACCGACACGAGCCACCCCGACGCGUCGGCUCCCGAUACGAUGACAGCCGGUACUACGGACGAGGUCAACCCGACCGACGCGCGCGGCCCUCCUAUUAUGACUACGACCGUGAGGAGCACUACGGCGAUGGCCUUCGAUAUAGCGAUGAAUCUGAUCGCCGCAGAGAGAAACGCGCGCGCACGCGGAGCCGGUCGCCAUAUCGCGAAGUUCGCAAGCCUAAGCAAUAUUCCGGGGAUGAGUGGGAGUCUCCAAGAGAUGAGAGUACUGCCUCUCGGAAUCGCAGGAGGGGGGCUUCUAUUGAACAGUCAGUGAGCGAGCGAGGGAACACUCCAGUCGUCGCUCAAGGUAUUAAGCAAGAUGCUGAAACUCAGAAACCUCAGGUGCAGCAAGCUUCUGCCACCUUACAUGCCCAUGUUGAUAGUGUGAAUGGGACGUCCGACACUCACGAGGAACAACCCCCCGCCGAGCCCGUCGAUGAAGCGGCACAGCUAGAGGCCCGUCGCAAACGACGUGAAGCAAUCCGGGCCAAGUACCGAGGCCAGGCCACCCCGAUGCGUUUGCAGGCACUACACAUCGGUGAAAGCAGUAGAGAUUCAUCCAUCCCGGGUGCAGAUACUGCCGCAUCAGGCAGUGCUAUUUCUGAAUCAGCGCCACUGUCAGCACCUGAGACGCCUGCUGAUAGUCCAGGGGAGUUGUUCUCUGACUUUAAAGUAGGCAAGGAUGCUGAUCUAAUGAACGGUGCACCGGUAAACGGUGUGGACAAAGAUGGACCGUCUGCAGCAGACUACGACCCUACCUUGGACAUGAAAGCGGAGAGGGAAAAGCAUGAUAGUCGUGGUGCUAAUGAGGAGUUGUCUGCGGCGUCUUAUGACGAAACGCAGACCUCCCGACAGGACAUCCUGCUCCCCGAUGCUGUUCCACCCCCGCCUCAGCCCAAAGCGAAGGAUCCUUAUGACAUGUUCGCGGAGGAUGAUGACGAUGAUAUGUUCGCUGAAGACACGCAGGAGACUACGCAGCCAACGCAUGCAUCGGCUAAGUCGGCAGUCCCGCAGCCCAAGGAGCUCGACAUUAGCAUGAUGGACAACUGGGAUGACCCCGAAGGAUAUUACAAUGUCCGGCUGGGUGAGUUGAUUAACGGACGAUACCAUGUGCAGCAGAAUCUAGGCAAGGGCAUGUUCUCAUCGGUCGUACGCGCCACCGACUCCAAGACUGGUGGCUUGGUUGCCAUCAAGAUCAUCCGCCAGAACGACACGAUGAGAAAGGCUGGCAUGAAGGAGAUUGGCAUCCUGGAGCAGCUCCACGAGGCCGACCCGGAGGACAAGAAGCAUGUCAUCAAGUUUGAGCGAUACUUUGACCACAAGGGACAUCUUUGCAUGGUGUUUGAGAACCUGAGCAUGAACCUGCGGGAGGUCUUGAAGAAAUUCGGACGCGACGUUGGCUUGAACCUGCGAGCCAUCCGGGCGUAUGCCCAGCAGAUAUUCCUAGGACUCAGCUUGAUGCGGAAGUGCAACAUUCUCCAUGCAGACCUCAAGCCCGAUAACCUGUUGGUCAACGAGCAACGCAACAUCCUAAAAGUGUGCGACCUGGGAUCAGCAUCCCCGGCGACGGAGAACGAGAUCACACCGUAUCUCGUGAGUCGAUUCUAUCGGGCGCCCGAGAUUAUUUUGGGAAUUCCGUACGACCACGCCAUUGAUGUGUGGUCGAUCGGAUGCACGUUGUUCGAGCUGUACACAGGCAAGAUUCUGUUUACGGGGCGCAACAACAACCAGAUGCUACGAUCCAUCAUGGAAUGCCGUGGCAAAUAUCCGCCGAAGCUGCUGCGGCGAGGGUCGCUGACGCCGAUGCACUUCGAUGACAUGCUCAACUUUUUGAGCAUGGAAGAGGAUAAGAUCACCGGACGACCAGUCACGCGGGUGUUGGACUUCAAGAAGCCCACGCGGGACUUGAAGACCCGGCUAAUGGGAGGCAAGGAGACACGAGGCAUGACAGACAGUGAGGCAAAAGAGCUGGCCCAAUUUGUGGAUCUACUGGACCGGUGCUUGAACCUCAAUCCGGAGAAGCGGUGCACGCCGACAGAGGCGUUGAAACAUCCGUUUCUGUCUCGGCCCAAGGCAUAAUUACUGUGUAGCUGAUCAUUUUUUCUAUAUGGAGUAUACUUUUUUGAGAUGAUUGCGGGCCAUCCGUUGUACAUAUUAUGUCAUAGUAGGACUUGUUUUCACCCUUCAAUUCAACAAUAUAUCCACCGAAAAUCAUUGCCACCAGUAUAACAGUAUGACAAGACGACUCGCUACAAUAGUUUAGUUUAAACAAAGGGCGAGGAUGCAUCCGAUCGUCCACUAUCCAUAUUGAGUAAUAAUGGAUGAUGGUUGAUGGAUCCGGGGC